AUGAAUAAAUUAAAGUUGGAAAUUUUUUUUAGUGUUGUGUUAAUAUCAGUCUCUUUUAUAUUUAUAAUUAUAUUUAUAUAUUUAAUUUUAAAUAAUUAUUGUUAUAUUAUUUCGUGGGAAAUUUUUAAUGUAAUAAGGUUGUUUGUUGAAUUAGAUGUUUUAUUUGAUUGAGUUAGUUGUAGUUUUAGUAGAUUAGUUUGUUUGAUUUCUAGAUCAGUAUGUAUUUUUAGAGUUAGGUAUAUAAGUGGAGAUGUUAAUGUUAAGCGUUUUAUAAUGGUAUUGAUGUUAUUUGUUUUAUCUAUAAAUUUUUUGAUUUUUAUUCCUAGGUUUGUUAGUUUAAUUUUAGGAUGAGAUGGAUUAGGUUUAGUAUCGUUUUGUUUAGUAAUUUAUUAUCAAAAUAAUAAAUCACUAAGUGCAGGUAUAUUAACAGUAUUAAUAAAUCGGAUCGGAGAUUGUUUUAUUUUGGCUGGAAUUAGGAUUAUGUCAUUAUUGGGACAUUGAAAUUAUUUAUGUAUUUGAUAUUUUUGAUUUAUUGAUAUUUGUAUAAUUUUUGUGGUUAUUGCUGGAAUAACUAAGAGGGCUCAGAUUCCUUUUAGAAGUUGAUUACCUGCUGCUAUAGCAGCACCAACUCCAGUUUCAGCUUUAGUACAUUCAUCUACUUUAGUUACAGCGGGGGUAUAUUUAUUAAUUCGGUUUUAUAAUUAUUUAGUUGAAGUAAAUUAUUUUUGUAAUUUUAUAGUGUUUAUUUCAAUUAUAACUACUUUUAUAUCGGGGGUUUGUGCUAUUUAUGAAUACGAUAUAAAAAAAAUUAUUGCUUUAUCGACUUUAAGACAAUUAGGGGUUAUAAUAAUGUCUUUGGGAAUAAAGAUACCUAUAUUAGCUUUAUUUCAUUUAUAUACUCAUGCUAUGUUUAAGGCUUUGUUGUUUUUAUGUGGAGGUAAUAUUAUUCAUUGUUAUUGUGGUGCUCAGGAUAUUCGAGAUAUUAAGGGAGUUAGAUAUAAUUUACCUUUUACUAGAAUUAUUCUUAAUAUCUCGAAUAUGGCGUUAUGUGGGUUUCCGUUUUUAGCUGGAUUUUAUUCGAAAGAUUUAAUUAUUGAAAUUUUAUUAAGUAGAGAUAUUAAUAUGUUGAUUAGUUUAUUUGGGUUAUUUGGGGUAUGUUUAACUAUAUUGUAUUCAUUACGUAUAUCUAUGUAUGUAGUAUGAGGGGAUGUAAAAAGAGGUGUAUAUGAAAAUAUGGAGGAUGAUAAUUUAUAUAUUAUUGUAUCAAUGGUGGUUUUGUGUAUAGGUGCUUUAUUUGGGGGAUUUAUAUUACAAAAUAUUGUUAUUCAUUUUAAUGAAGUGAUUGUUUUACCUUUAUUAUAUAAAAUGUUGGUAGUAAUAUUAUUGUUAUUUAGAUUAAUAUUAUCUUUUAGAUUAUGAGGUGGUAAAUUAUUAAAAAUUAAUUAUAGAUUAAUAUAUUGGUGUAAUAGUAAAAUGUGGUUUAUAUCUUCUUUAAGGGGAUAUCCAUUUAUAUUAAUAAUAAAGAAUAUUACUAAUAUAAAUUUAAAGUUGGUGGAUAUAGGAUGAUUAGAAAUAUUAGGAGGUCAGGGAAUACUUAUAAUUAUUAAAAAAGUUAUAUAUAUAAUGGAAUGGUGGAUGAUUGUUUUAUUUAAUAUUAAUAUAAUUAUUAUUAUUUAUAUUAUUUUUAUGAUUU